CAGCAAAACAAGUCCGACCAGCGAGUUGGAGAAUGAAUGAAGAGCCAAAGUCAGACAGCAGCGUUUGUUGAGCAGCCAACAAGCGACACGGGCUGGUGCAGGACUACGGGUCCCUCUUGGCCGGUCCGGUCCGGUCCGGGGUCCUGGUGCCAUGCACGCGGAGUUUCGCGCGCCGCGGAGGCGCACACGCGUGCACGAAGAGUACGUGGCUCCGCUGCCUGUGAGCCGCAGUCCGGCGGAGAGGAGCCACUUCCGGGCGGAGCUCAUCAACCAACAUGUGCUGGUCCGUCAUCCGGACCACAUCCAGAACAUCUAUAACCAGGGUUACUUUGGUAAAGGGGUCUUGUCCAGAGCGAGACCAGACCACAGCAUCUCUGACCAAUGGGAAGAACACGAAGGUUUGUUUCUUCCCGUCAUCUCACGUUCCAGAUACAAAGAGCUCCUCAGGUGGGCGGCUUCCGCACUCUCUGCUCAGGGAUUGGAUGAAGACGCUGUCAAUCAAACCCUGCUCAGCCUCUCUCGGCCAGUAGAGAUGGAGGAUGUGAGGAGGGAGAUGAGCCAAGGCCCAAAUGGGGGAGCCUUUGCCCGCAGAAAGAGGUUGGGGUCAGGGGUCGAUCCUAAGGCCAAGAGAAGCUGCAGGUUGGACCGGCAAAACCAUAACUCUGACCCCGGCUCAGACCAGGACCAGGACCCUGACCCUGAUCCUGAUCCCAGCUCCAACCAGGACCUGGACCCUGAUCCUGAUCUCAGCUCGGACAAGAACUUAGACCCUAUCCCAGAUCUUGACUCAGACCAGGACCUUAACCCUGAUCCUGAUGUCAGCUCAGACCAGGAACUAGACCCUGACCUUAACUCUGACUCAGACUCGGAUGCUGAUCCCUUGGUCCCCGGCCCUGGUUUUGUCCUAGUGGUCUCUGACAGUGAGAUGUGUGGGGGGGCGAGGGAGGUCCAGCGGACUCCUUUCUCUCUCACUGAAUACCUGCAACUCAGCCUGGAGGAGGCAUUCUUCCUGGUCUACUGUCUGGGCUGUCUGUCUGUCUACCUGAAGCAGGAGCCCCUGUCAAUCAUCCAGCUGUGGAGAAGGUUCCGCUCCCUGCGGCCGGACUUUGUCAGUUCUUUUGCAGCCUACCAGCACUGUCGGAGCAGGGGGUGGGUCCCUAAAGUAGGGGGCGGAGCCAAGUACGGCGUCGACCUCAUGUUGUAUAGGAAAGGACCACCUUUCUACCACGCCAGUUAUUCGGUUGUAAUUGAGCGAGCUGAUGAUACAUUCAAGGGCUCGACAUUGCGUCCAUUUUCGUGGCGUUCUCUCGCGGCUCUCAGCAGGAUCACCUCCAACGUCUCCAAGGAGCUGAUGUUGUGUUACAUCAUCUAUCCAGCCAACCUGUCAGAAGCCGAGCUGGACUCACCUGUCUGCCUGGCAAGACUGAAGGUUCAGGAAGUAAUCGUCAGCAGGUGGGUUUCCUCCAAAGAGCGAGCGGAGCAGGACGACAUGUGAUUGGCUGACAGGAGUCUUUAUGACGUCACCGUGUGAUGUCCCAAAGAGACUGCCAGAAGAUAUUUCUUUUUAUGUCAUUAAGGAGUCAGAUAACAGGAGGUCAGAGUGUCCCUGAACGCAGCAUGGUGCAGGUGCAUUUUGUGUUACUUGAACAAUAAAAAAAUGAUUCAAAGAGCUGCAUAAAUGUUUUGUCUCUGGUGUUCCCGAGGGUUAAUCUACUUCUUUCUUCUCUGUUAAUGAGGUGAAGAUGUUUGUGCCACCUGAAAAAAUAAAAGAAUGUGAUUAUUAUAGAAACUGGAACUCGGUUAUGGAAUCAUCUUAUUGCCACUCAAUAAAAACAAUAAUGAUACCGCAA